CCCAGGCGAUGUUCGAGAAGCAGACCUAAAUAAUGUGUCGUCUCCCGCCCAAUUCUCACACAAAGGUAGAUUGCAGGUGCAGCGUAGAGAGAGAGAAAAGAUGAGUGGAGGAGCAACAAGGAACAAAGUGCAGAGGAAAUUCAAAAUGAGGGGCUACACUCUCAAAGUGGAUGCCCUGUCGGAAGUCCUCUCGUUCCUUGACCGUUUCCCGUCCGACUCCCACGACGAAGCACUCGACCUCCUUCUGGACGAGCUCCACCACCUUUCCCUGAAAUCUGCGAUUUUGGACAAGGAGCCCGUGCACAAAGUCGUGAGCCUAUUACUGGAAGCAGAAGCCUCCGUCGAGGAAAAUCCUAGUAGCUCCUGCUCCCCUGCAUCAGCGCUUCGAGUCAUUGAUGCCUUUGAUGCCCCAAAAUUGAGAUAUGAUCCAGUCAAGAAAAUCUUCUACGAGCAUGCAGGGAGGCUUCCAAUUCAUGGUGAUGCCUCUGCAAAAGCCACCUUAUACAAGGACAGGUUCCUUAUGUCUUUCCAAAAGCUUUCUCGUGAUCCUCGCUUUUCCAAACCUGCUUUUGGCAGCACCAUUUCUGAGUACGGCAGCUGCGAGAUAUCUCCAAUCCAAUCCCUGGUCGGGCAGAUAGGACGAAAAUGGGUUAUGGGUGUAAUAUCUCAAUUGGAAGAUGGUCAUUUCUUCUUGGAAGAUCUUAAUGCAGCGGUGAAAGUCAAUUUAUCUGAAUCAAAAAUAACAACAGGAUUUUUUGUAGAAAACACAAUUGUCUUAGCCGAAGGUGAAAUGCAGCUGGAUGGUGUUUUUAAGGUUAGGACAUGUGGGUUUCCUCCUCUAGAAGACCGAGAAAAGUCCACUUCAUUUUUUUCAGGGAUUGACUUCUUUGGUGGUGGUAUACUAACAAAUGAGGAAACUCUAAGACUUGCAGAGCUGGAAAAAAGAGCUGUGAAUGACAUGUUUGUCAUCCUCUCUGAUAUAUGGUUGGACAAUGAAGAGACUAUGAGAAAUCUAGAGAUUAUCCUUAGUGGUUAUGAAGAUGUAGAGGUGGUUCCUUCAUUAUUUGUUUUUAUGGGAAAUUUCUGCUCUCAUCCAUGCAACCUCUCCUUCAAGUCUUUCGCAAGUCUCAGGUCACAGUUUGGAAAACUUGGGGAACUUAUUGCAUCCCAUCAACGACUGAAAGAGCAUAGUCGGUUUCUUUUCAUUCCUGGUCCUGAUGAUGUAGGUCCUUCAACAGUGUUGCCUAGAUGCCGUUUGCCAAAAUACAUUACCGAAGAACUUCAAAAGAAUAUUCCAACCGCCAUAUUCUCUAGCAACCCAUGCAGAAUCAAGUUUUACACACAAGAGAUAGUAUUUUUCCGGCAGGACAUGCUUUACAGAAUGCGCAGGUCAUGCAUAAUGCCACCUUCUACCGACGAGACCAGCGAUCCAUUUGAGCAUCUUGUUGCUACUAUUACUCAUCAAAGCCAUCUAUGCCCCCUCCCUCUCACUGUGCAACCCAUUAUAUGGAAUUAUGAUCACAGCCUCCACCUUUACCCGUCUCCACACACGAUAGUUUUGGGGGACAAAUGCGAGCAGAAAGCAUUUAAGUACACUGGUAUUACUUGCUUCAAUCCUGGCUCCUUUUCGACUGAUGGCACUUUUGUGGCAUAUCGACCUUGCAAUCGUGAAGUAGAAUUGUCAGCGUUGUAAAUAAUGACAGUCCUCUAGAGUUUUCAUUACCGCAAUAGAGUUGUUGUACUUUUUAGUCAUCUAACUAUUGUCACGGACACCUUGGAAUAUUGUGAGAGAGACUUCAUUUCUUGACUUUGAACUUCUGAUUGCUGUAGAAGUGACACUUUGGAUUUUUAAUCAUUAUUGGGACAUUUUUAGUCUUCCA